CUGUGCCGCAGACGUUACCGACCGACGCCGAACGAAACACCCGGGAGCGCAGCACAGCGACAGCAAGACACCGCCUCUUCCAUUCUUCUAACAGGUACUCCGGACUUUACCUUUCUUUGUAGUAGCAACAAACAAACAGCAACAAUGGUCAGUGAACUAGAGAACUCGAUAGUCGAUACCGACAGGCAAAGAACGAUGCGGAAGGCGCAAUAGGGCCGGGAGGGCAAAAAGAGAGAAAGAGAAGCUAGCGAGAGAGAGACAGCAAGCACUGCCCCAGAGAGAACGAAACAAACCCGACGGGAACCACGAGUCUUUCGACCACGCAGACGGGCGAUAGGGACGCCCGGCACGGCACGGCUAGAAUCGGAAGCGGCAAAACGGAAGGGAACGGAACCGAGCCGAGACGAGYGGAUCCUCGGGUGCCGCCGUGCCGACCACACACGGUGGUUGUUGAGCAACGGGAAACGCCACGCAACACCACGCGACACCCCGCGAGACGGGCCCCCGACCCGGUGUCGUGGGAUUGUGUCGAGUCGUGCUGUGCUGUCUGUGUGAGAGGUGGUUUUCCCACACCCACGAGAAGAGAUCCCCCGCCGAAGUUGUGUGGAAGGAGAAAGGGUGGGACUCGUUGCAUUGCACCGCACUGCAUUGCAUUCCAUUCCACCGGAAGGAAGGCAAGGCCGCGCACCGCAGCGCAACGACCCGAUGGAACCAGAAGCAGUAYCAUGGCAUCUCAUCGCGUGGCCUCUCGGCAACAACCCCACCCCGCACAUCCUGUCGAUCUCGAGGCAAACGAACCCAAACAGCGUCUCCCGGCAGGUUUCUCUCUCUCUCGCUCUCCCACGCUUUCCCCCUCCAUCUCUCUCUGCUCCCGGACCCUGGCUUGGCCGGAACCCUUUGCACCGCAYSCUUUGGCUUUGCCUGGAACGCCCGGGCCUUUUGUCGAAGCGUCUCGUGUGGGUCUUUCGUUUUCGUUUCAUCGUUCUCUUUCUCACACUUUUUCUUGUUGCUUCCGACAGGGUAUCACUCGCGAAGGACGACACAAGCGCCGGGAAACCGGAGGACGCCGCGCCCAGUUCUGCAAGAAGCGCAAGUACGAUCUCGGACGCCCCGCCGCCAUGACCAAGAUCGGCGAGCCCCGCAUCCACAAGGUCCGCUGCCGGGGGGGAAACUCCAAGUUCCGGGCCCUCCGCCUGGACUCUGGAAACUUUUCCUGGGGAUCCGAGGUCUGCACCCGCAAGGUCCGUGUCCUCGACGUGGCCUACAACUCGACCAACAACGAACUGGUCCGAACCAAGACCCUCGUCAAGGGCGCCAUURUCGUCAUUGACGCCCACGCCUUUAAGGCCUGGUACGAGUCCCACUACGGGGUCAAGAUUGGCGUCAAGAAGAACAACAAGGAGGGCGAAACCUCGGGACAGUCGAUCGACCUCUCCUCCAAGUCCGCCCAGGUCGCCAAGAAGCUCAAGGCCCGACAGGCCGACCGCACCCUCGACGAGGCCCUCGACGCGCAGUUUGCCUCGGGACGCGUCCUCGCCAAGAUCUCCUCCCGGCCCGGACAGUCCGGUCGCUGCGACGGGUACAUUUUGGAGGGCAAGGAGCUCGCCUUUUACCAGCGCAUGAUGCACAAGAAAUAGGCAAGCUAGCCAGCAAGCACACCUUGCCGUGCCAAGCCACGCGAGCCCCCGCUUUUCCGGCCCGCAACACACGGCCGGCCCGUSCAGCACCGAAACGAGCAGCGCAUCCACCCAAAGGGUGCCGUUCGUGUACACUACUGUACGGACACGAACCACUUACCACUACUAUUGAAAUAACUUCACUUUUUAAACGGACCUUUCAACACUACGGUAGCCUAGUACACGGUAGCAUAGCACACGGUAACACACCGCAAACGCCCUCGUGGCAAAUACGUUUCGAAGGAGAAGAAASUCUUUCAAACSCUCGACCCAAUCACACCGUGUAGCUCCGACAAGAAAGCAAGCGGUUGAWAAAAUGGUCGGAAUUCRAAUCCGUUCCUCUUUUGUCGAAUGGCAGCAUAGAUUGAUACCUGUCUCGAAUACUACGGUACGACGAGUUUCCACUGUAUCUUACUCUUGAAAAUACAACGCUACCGUACCGUACUUUCAAAGAACUACAGACUCGGCAUCAAAGGCUAGGCUGCGACGUGUCCGCCGGUGGUCUCGUAAAAACAGGAGCAACGCAACAUCAAAACCACCAAGACACCAGAUCCAUCUGACAUUCGAAGCAAACCAUAGAGCCACUACUAGUACGUACGAAUUCAUUAUAUGAAAAACUACUGCUUCCAAUCCGAGACGUUCGAACGUCAAUCCCGGGCAUUCAAAAUUUCCGAAACUACUAGAAAACACGAGUGAUCCAGCAGGUCAUCGCAAUAGCUCUCAAGAAGGGGAUCGAGUGAGAAGGUAUACAGACACAAAAUCAAAUACGAAGAAGGAGAGCCUUGAAGGAGGACCAACAGCACUGAAUAAUAAGGAUACCAUGUU